ACUCAGUGAUUGGUCUCCAAGUGGGAGCUGACAGUUUCUGAAUAGCUCCUGACACAAAGGACUAGGAACUUGGGCCUUUUUUGCAUUUCAAAGCCCUGCCUGCAGGCGAUCAGGUUACAGGAGGUGAAGAGGCAGUGUUGGUGUCUUUACCGACAUUUUCUCCUACUUGUGCUGUGUUUUCUCCACAAAGAUCUUCUGAGAAAGAAAUCUUGAAGAGGAGGUGAAGGAAAAAAUGGCCAGUUCUCAGGGACUGCUGACAUUCGAGGAUGUGGCCAUAGAAUUCUCUCAGGAAGAGUUAAUAUACCUGAACUACAGUCAAUGCGAACUAUACAGGGAUGUGAUGUUAGAGAACUACGGACACCUCCUUUUCUUGGGUCUUGUUGUGUCAAAGCCAGACCUGGUCAUCUUUUUGGAACACAAGAAGGAUGUCUGGGCCAUGGAGAGAAAGGAGACAGUAGCUACACACCCAGGUAGUGGAGUGAAACCUUACCAAUGUAACGAAUGUGGCAAAGCCUUUAACCGGCACUCAUCCCUUACAAGACAUCAAAGAAUUCAUACUCGAGAGACACCUUACAAGAAUAAGGAAUGUGGUAAGGCUUUUAUUCAUUCACAGCCGUCUGAACAUCAAAAAAUUCGUACUGAGGAGAAACCUUACAAAUGCCAACAAUGUGGCAAGUCCUUUAACAGGUCCUCAGACUUUAUUCCACAUCACAGAAUUCAUACUGGAGAGAAACCUUACCAAUGCAAAGAAUGUGGCAAGACCUUUAACUGGCCCGCAUCCCUUAGGGUACAUCACAGAAUUCAUACUGGAGAGAAACAUUACCAAUGUAAAGAGUGUGGCAAGGCCUUUACCCACCUCUCAAGCCUUACCAACCAUCACAGAAUUCAUACUGGAGAGAAACUUUACCAAUGUAAUGAAUGUGGCAAGGCCUUUAGGUACUUCUCAACCUUUACACAACAUCGCGGAAUUCAUACUGGAGUGAAACCUUACAAAUGUAAAGAAUGUGGUAAAGCCUUUAACUGGCACUCAGCCCUUAAGACACAUCAAAGAAUUCAUAGUGGAGAGAAACCUUACCAAUGUAAAGAAUGUGGCAAGGCCUUUUCCCGCCAGGCACAUCUUAAUGUACAUCACAGAAUUCAUAGUGGACAGAAACCUUAUGAAUGUAAAGAAUGUGGCAAGGCUUUUAGCUACAUCUCAAACUAUACACAACAUCACAGAAUUCAUAUUGGAGUGAAACCUUACAAAUGUCAAGAAUGUGGCAAGGCCUUUUACCGCCAGGCAUAUCUUAAUGUACAUCACAGAAUGCAUAGUGGAGAGAAACCUCACAAAUGUCAAGAAUGUGGCAAGACCUUUAACCAGCAUUCAACCCUUAGAGAACAUCAAGGAAUUCAUACUGGACAGAAACCUUACCAAUGUAAAGAAUGCGGCAAAGCCUUUAACUGGCAAUCGGCCCUUAAAAGACAUCACAGAAUUCAUAGUGGAGAGAAACCUUACCAAUGUAAAGAAUGUGGCAAGACCUUUAGCCAGCACUCAUCCCUUAGAGAACAUCAAGGAAUUCAUACUGGACAGAAACCUUACCCAUGUACAGAAUGUGGCAAAGCCUUUAACUGGCCAUCAGCCCUUAAGAGACAUCACAGAAUUCAUAGAGGAGAGAAACCUUACCAAUGUAAAGAAUGUGGCAAGACCUUUAACCACCACUCAUCCCGUAGUAGACAUUACAAAACUCAUACUGGAGAGAAACCUUACCAAUAUGAACAAUGUGGGAAAAUGUUUUACCACUGUUCAACCUUCACUUAUUAACAUAGAAUUCAGACUAGAGCAAAGCUUCUAAAUGUUAAGAUUGUGACAGAAUUUUAAGGACUCCUCAACUCUUAUUCCAUAUCAGAUAAUUCAUACUGAAGAGUAAUGAUACCCAUUGGGAAUGUGGCAAGAUAUUAAAGCAAUGCUUAAACCUGGAUUCUUCAUCAGAGAAUAUAUACUGGAGAUGAUUUUACCAAUACAAAGAAUUUGGCAAGCCUUUUAAUCAGUACUCAAACCUCAUUCAACAUCACAGAAUUCAUACUCCAGAGAAAAAUGAUAACAAAUGUGGCAAAAAAGUGUUUCAGACUGCUCAAGCCUUACUCAUCAUCAGAGUUCCUGUUGUGGAGAGACAUUACAAAUGUAAUGAAUGUGGGAAACCUCUAGCUGGAACUCACAACUACCUCAACAUCACAGUUAUUAUACAGGAGUGAAACUGUAAAAUGUAAAGAGAGUGGCUGAUCUUUAGCUGGAAUUCAGUCAUGACCCAGUAUCCCCAAAUGCAUACUCGGGGAUAAUGUAUGUAUAAGGAAAGACCUUUUUGAAUAUACACUUUAGAAAACAAACCAUACGGAGAGGAAAGUAACCUGAAAGAUAUAAAUACUUAGUCAUCUAAUUACCUGAACAUCAACUGUCAAUAAACGUCACAGAAUUCACACUAGAAAGGAGUACAUUGGUCACUCUAUUCAGACCUUAUUCUCCACGAAAAUACUUAACCAUGUGGGAUAAAACAAAGUUGAACACUUAGAUAACGAAUAUGCGGGUAUGCCUGAAAAUAGAGAAGGGGCGGUGUUUUGCAUAGGAAUAAGUAAUUUCAAUAUGCUUUUGUUUUACCUUGGCCCUUUUUAAGAUGUUGACUACAAGUAUUAAUGUAUUUGUGCUCCCAAAUCAGUUCAGAAAAUUCACUGAUUCCCAGUGGGUGUUGAAAGUAUGUGGCUGAUUCUUCCUGCAUCAAAGAUAUCAGAUGCCCUUCCCUCUUAGGUGGGACUCCUGCAUACCUGAUUUUCCAUGGAAGCUGAAGGACAAUAUGAUGUACAAUCUAUGAACAAACCUAACUGGAGAGGUCAUUAUGUUUCUAACACUGAUGUAAGUUAUUACAAAAUGAGUGUUCAGAAUGUCAUUCUUGAACAUAUAUUAAAACUAAAAACGUUUCUGAAUGUUAUAAAAAUAAGUGUUAUAGUUAUUGGUUUUGUGCAGUCCAGGCACAUACUGAGACAACUUCUUACCAGCAAUAGUUAGAACUAGAGAAUACCAGUUGAUGUGGUUGAAAGGAAGAAACCUUCACAGAUAUCAGAAAGAGAGUAACUAACUCUUCCCUAACAUGGCAUAGGAUUGUACAUUGACAUCUUGUAAGAAUUACCUCAGGUCUCAGAGUUUUAGUAUGCAAAAUUAAGGUGUUAACAAAAUAAAUUUUUAUAAGAUGUCUCCUUAAAGCCUCCUGGUAACCACAAAGCAAAACCUGUAGUAGAUACACAAAACAUAAAGAGAAAGGAAUCAAAGUACACCACUAGAAAAUCAACAAAUCACAAAGAAAAAGACCAAACGGAUAAGAAAGGGGCAAGUAAUUCUACAACAGCUAAAAACAUGGAAAACAAUGACAAGAAUAACUCCAUCCAUACCUGUGUCAAUACUUAUUUUAAAUAUAAAGGGACUAAAUUCUCCAACCAAAAGAUACAUUGGCUGAAAGGAAAGAAGUACACAAACUAAGGAUUCGUGCUGCCUUCAAGAGACUCACUUGUAGGAACUGUAGGAGCUGUAGGAACACACUCAGGCUGAAAGCGCAGGUGUGGAAAAAGAUCUUCCAUGCCAAUGGAAAACAAAAGAAUGUGGAGUAGCCAUGCUUACAUCAGACAAAACAGACUUUAAGCCCAAGACUGUAAGAAGUCACAGUGCAUGUCCUUACAAAAUAGAGGGGUCACCUCAUGCAGCGUUUUUAGUUAUGUGGUGUUUGGCAGAAUGGCAAUAAGGUGUUCACCCAUUUUUCUUGGGGCAGCGGGGGAGGGACACCAACAAGAGUAUGUUCAUGUAACUCAUAUAGUGUUUAACAAUUUGAAAACCCACACAUUUUUCCACUACUCUUGGUGGUGUUUGUAUAGGUACCUGAACUGUAGCCUGUGUAAUGUUUAUGAACAUCUGUAUCUUAGGAGUUUCCUAAAUGGCUAGUUGAUAUUCAAAAUCCUAUUCCUGAGAUUUGAUGGUUUGGGGGAAAAAAAGAACCCUGAAUGACGCUUUGAGAAACACCUAUUGCUUCCAGGUUUUGAUGAGUGUGGGGAAAAUAACUGUUGCAAUGAAAAUCUGGGAAUUUUACUGUAACAAGUGGCCAAUGGUUUCUCAAAACCAACUUGUAGAGGCUAAUAAAUCUUUUCCACAGUAUUCCAUUUGCUAACUUGCUGUAAUACACUGCAUUUUUUUCCUCUCAUAUGUCAAUUAAUUUACAUUGUUAUCUGAUGUUUUAAGCCCUCAAAUAAGUUAUUGGUCCUU